AAAUGAUUUUCUAAUGACUUAAUUUCUUAGAUGUAAUAUAAUUCAUUUAUAAUAUACUUCAUUUUGAGCAAUAAUGUCUGGUAAGAGUCGCAAUCGUAUUGUUGGAUCCUGCAACAUCACAGAUUUAUCAAAAAAUUAUUCAGGAAUGUUAUCCAACGAAAUGCCUGAUGAUGUGAUGCAUAAGCGAAGAAUACGUGUAAUAUCAGAAGAAUUUACGGCUACAUCGAAAAAGGAUUUUCUUAUGGAUUCACAUCUGCUGGAAACUGAAAAACAUUUAAAGGCGAAGGUGUCGUUUAGAAAAUAUUGUAAAACUUUGCUUAUGGAUUUUCUCGCUAGAGUUUUGUCCCAAGUUGCUACUGUUGCUCAAUCAUGGAAGAAAGCGAUGUGGAAAUUACUUGUUUUCUUAAUUUGCUCAGGAGGGUUUUUGUAUCAGACAAAUGAAUUUUUAACAUUUUAUUGGACAUUUCCAACUACAACUAGCCUUGAAGAAAGCAGCCCAUAUGAAAUUAUUACACCUGCAAUAACUUUUUGCAGCAAUAAUUUGUAAGUUUCUUUAUAUAUAUUGAUUUAUUUCAAUUAAUUUAAUUCGUUUCAUUUCUUUGUUUUAUACCUUACUUUUGAGUCAACUAAUUCUGGCAAACUCCACCUACCCACAAAUGGUACACCGCAACAUCUCCUGGCACCCUUCUGAGAAUGAAUUGCAAUCGAAGCUCCCAGACUGCCUUGGCCAGAUUCUGAACUGGCCGCCUAAAAUGUCUAACAUUCGAACGUGGCAGAAAAAUUUACCCGACUUGUAAAAAUUGCUGUGUCCAUCCAGCCUCUCCGAAACAUAUACUUGAUUGUGUCGGACUAUCCAGGGUGGAUUUAACUUCCGAUCCCCUUCUUGUCAUCGACUUUCUGGCUGUCAACAACUUUUUGGAGUUGAUCUGACUAAUGUCAGAUCUAUGCGGAUAAGCAACAGCAACAACUAAAUAAAUUAUCCCAACAAGCUGAAGCGGUAAGAAAAAAACUUGAUUUGCGUCAAAAAUAUACAACUCAGAAAUAACAGUCGACAUGUUUCAAGCGCUCAAAAACAGACGCUCAUUUUCAAGACUUGCCAGAAUGAGAACAAAGGUGCCUUGAAAUAAAAA